AUGUCUCAAUCAGACAAUUUAGAAUUAACAAUUCACUCUCCAUCAAUUACAUUAAAAACUUUACGAACUUUCAAUCUUAUAUCCAUUUUAUUGGUUUCCUAUUUAAAUACUGAUUUUUUAAUAUUUUCUCAUUCAAGUAAUGAUAUAUAUGAUGAUUAUCCUACUUAUUUUACCCCUUCACUAACAUCUGUAGGAAUAUUUUGGGUUAUUCUACAUAUUUUACAAAUCGUAUUCGCCGUUUUCGUUCAAUUUAGUAAUGUUCAUAUUGUACAAAACGUUGUAGAAAAUACCGUUAGUUGGUGGUUUACGCUUAGUAAUUUAUUUUUAUUUGGUCAAUUAUGUUUCUUGAUGCGGAAAAGUUUCAUUCCUGCGGAACUUUUCGUUCUCUUGACUUUAAUCUCUACAUUAAUAGUUCAUCAUCGUCUCGCGGUCAACUAUCCUCCAAAUCAACUUCCAGAGUCCGUUGCAUCCAAGAUUAUUUCUUUCGUUCAUACCCCAUUUGCAAUGCUUUCAGCCUUUUCCUUGUUAAAUCUAUUUCAUAAUGGGUUUAUUAUCUUUGCUCAAGGUUAUGAAAAAAGAUAUGCCAUUAUCGCUGUCGUAUUAGCUUGUAUUAUGGCUAUGAUUGGCGUUGAUUGGAGCAUUACUGGCGCGUUUAUGAGAGGGAAAAGGGACGGUGUAUUUGGUGCUACUAUCGCUUGGGCCUUGCUUGGGAUUGCUGCGCAUCAACGUGAAACGAAAUAUCUAUCCAUUACUUGUUUGAUAUUGGCAAUUUUACAAUUUCUAGUUAUUUUUGUUGUGUGGUACAAAUAUGGUGGAAGCUUUACGGCAUUUAAUGGUUCAAGGCCAUCUAGAAGAAGGGUCUCUUACCCACAAAAUGAUCUUAGAGAACCCUUAUUACCACCUCAUGAUGAUAGUAGUAGUUUAGCAUAA